AGUCCGAAACAAGUCACCAUGCAGUUCUCCACUUUCCUGAUGGCCAUCUUUGUGGUUACUACACUGUUGUUGUUCAGCGCUCCAGCAACUGAGGGCACCCUUAUUCUCAUCGCUUGCAUGCUGCGGUCUCCAUUGUGCCCAUGGAUCACCGCAGCCCCUGCAGCCCCUGCAGCCCCCGCAGCCCCGGCAGCCCCUGCAGACCCCGCAGACCCCGCAGACCCCGCAGACCCCGCAGACCCCGCAGACCCCGCAGACCCUGCAGACCCCGCAGACCCUGCAGACCCUGCAGACCCCGCAGACCCGACAGAAUGAGAAAAAACAAGAAAGGAAGCAAACUUCGGCAAGCCGAAGUUUAUAUACCCUUGCAGCUAUUGCAAGAAUUAAAUAUUUUUGAAAACAUUAAAAUUAUGAUUUACUUGCGUA